AUGAUUCGAAAGUUCGCGUCAGUCCUGGUCUCCAGUCUGUUGCUGCUCUCUUACACCAGCCACCCCGAAGCGCGACCAGUGCCGGUUGAUGAACGUGGCAAAAGACCUUUGCUCCCCAGCAACGAGCAUUCUGACAGGUGGUGGCCCAACCCCGUACGCUUUACCCAGUCCUCUCAAGGCCAGGGCUCAGUGGCACAGUGGACCCAACCUACCCUCACUGAGUCUCACGAGGACCGGUCGUCGUCCUCAAAGUGGUUCGACCCUAGUGGUGCCGAUCCAUACGAUGACUUGUGCUUGAUGCACCGAUGCUUCGACCUUCCCAGAGGAGCCGGACCCUACAAUGAACUACCUCAUCCUGCCCACGUCUUCGAUACUUAUCAGCGAAGCGCCGCCCAGAACCACGAGGAGCACAGCAGACAGAAAUUACGAAGUGACAUGCCCAAUUACGGCGAAAGUGAGACUCAGGAUUCUGUCCACGGCCAACCUGAGGGCCCCGCUCAGCCAAAGACUGUCAAAAGGAAGAGGCCUCUUUUCAGUGACAAAGAACGUGCUCGGCUUCCCAAAAGGAUCUUGGAGCUCCUUGAUAAGCCUCCCAAUGAAGAAAUUUCGCAGGGUGAGCGAGAAGAGAUGCAGCAGUAUAUUAAUGAAACCUUGAACGCCCGGCAAAGCCAACGAAGAAAGGUCGCCCAAAAGCAAGACCUCGGUCCAUCGCAGCCAAGAGUAGGAGAACGCCUAAAGGAGCUCAAUUCACGGGCUCGCGGAGGAAAGGAGAUUCUUCAAGAGGACAUCAACGGUUUUCGUUACUUCAUCACACCGACGCCGGCACAAAUGUCAUUGCCGGUCGAACUGGCCAACGAGAAGCAAAACAAAAUUGCCGCACUUAUCAAGGGCUAUUUCCACGUAGACCCCCCCCAGAAAAGGGACAAACGGUUCAAAGACAGGCUGUAUCGUCUCAAAUCUCAUCCAAAUCGCGUCGCCAAGCAGCAGAAUAUACUAGCAGCAGCACAGCAAAACAGCGAGACUGCGUCCCCGUCUGGAGCAGGCGGAGAAGAAUUGAAAAUCUAUGAUUUCAAGUCACACAAUAUCAAAAAAGCUAAGACGUACGGUAAAACGGCGCAAGGAGUUCAUAGGAGCUUCCGCUACUUUUUCACUCCGACGGGAAGUAGUGUUUCGCUGCCCGACAGGCAAGCGGGGAGAUUUUCACAAGAAUUGGACAGGAUCGUGAAAUGGUACGAUAACGGGAUCAGCUCUAAAAAGGACUUUCUGCAGGAAGUUAAAAACACCAAAAGAGUUGCAGGGCGGGUAGAGGAGGGGACGGAGCUCGCAGGGGAAGAGGAGAAGCACUCUUGA